AGCACGGAGAGUUUGCUACGGUUUGCUUGACAUCAGUGCGCUGCCUCUUCGUGCACCCCGCCAAGGGGUUUCGUGUGUCGAACCUGACAGGCGCCAUAGUACUCCUUUGCAAUAACAAGGUGCUCUAAAUCUCGUUGAGAUUGAGAAACAUUGCAAAGGAUGCCGGUGUCCACUCGGAGCCGGGCCGGUGCAGAUGGCAAAACAGCUGCACCUGCCCCAAUUGACGUGCAAAAAUCACCAAAUGACAAGAAGCUGUACCGAUACAUGGUUCUGGACAAUGGACUGAAGGUCCUGCUUAUCAGCGACCCCGAAAUGAAUGCCGCACCGGCGGCUGACGAGGGCGCUGCCAAAGCAAUGGAAGUGGAUGGCGAGCCCGCAGCAGCAGCAGCAGCAGCAGCAGCCGGCAAAGCCGGUGGCCAGGGCGCAAAGGCGGCGGGCAAGGCCGGGGGCAAGGCCGCCUCCGGCGGCGGCGCUGGCGCCGGCGGCCGCAAGCGGGCUCGUGCUGACGUGGACGACGGGGAGGAGUCCAGCGGGGAUCUGGAGCCCAAUGAUGAGGAUGAGGAUGAGGAUGAUGAGGAUGAGGGCGAGGAGGGCGAGAGCGGCAGCGGCAGUGAGGAUGAGGAUGAGGAAAUGGAGUCAGGCAGUGGCGAGGACGAGGAGGAGGACGAGGGAGAGGAGGGGGAGGAGGAGGAAGAGGAGGGGGGUGAGGGCGGCGGCCGCGGCGGGCGGCGCAAGAAGGGCGGCGCUGGCGGCGGCGGCGACAAGGCGCCUGUCAAGAAGGCGGCUGCGGCCAUGGCUGUGGGUGUGGGCAGCUUCAGUGACCCCGAGGACAUUCCGGGUCUGUCGCACUACCUGGAGCACAUGCUGUUCAUGGGCAGCGGCCGCUACCCGGCCGAGAACGAGUACGACGACUACCUCACCAAACACGGCGGCAGCAGCAACGCAUUCACCGACCUGGAGGUGACCAACUACCAUUUCGAGGUGGCGCCGCCACACCUGGCGGGGGCCCUGGACCGCUUCGCGCAGGCGCUGGGCCCGUCUAUGGGCACUGCGCCGGGAGGGGGUGCCGGGCGCCCGGCCACCGCGUGAUCAGGGCACUGCUAGUAAUGUCGGGAUGAGUGCCGUGUUUGCAUGCCACCUAGUGUAGCUUGACAU